AUGUCUGAUCGUUCUACCGUAUCCUCCGCUUCUUCAUCCUGUUCAUCGUCAGUGUCGUCGCCCAGCCUCCCACAUACACCACCAAAUCUUCACCAAAACACCAUCGACCCUGCAGCAAAAUGGCUGGUCCAAAAGUUCGGCGGUACGAGUGUGGGGAAGUUUGCGGUUAAAAUUGCGGACGAUAUCAUCUCGGAGUACAUAGACCAGCAUAAGGUCGCAAUCGUAUGCUCAGCACGCUCGGGCUCGACUAAGGCGCUCGGUACCACGAAUCUCUUGCUGCGCGCUGCUAAGGAAGCACUGCAGCGUACGAGCAGCCCUUCAGAUACCCCGGGUAGCAUGACGCCCGCCCUAUUCUCUCAAGCUUCGCAAGUCCAGUCUCCAGUAGGCAGCCCGCGGCAGCGCAGCACGUCAUCGCCCAGGGAAUUGUUCACGCCCGGAGGCUCCUUCAGCAUGUCUCAGGCGAAUCACGCUCCAGCAGUGUUUAACAGCACGGUCGAUAUUAUCCGCUCGGAACACAUCACCGCUGCACGUGCAGCCAUCCGGGAUUCAGAAAUUCUGCGGGAGCUCGAGCUGGAGAUUGACCGGGACUGCGAUGGCCUACGUUCAUUUCUCUUUGCGACGCAGGUCAUCGAUGAGAUCUCGCCAAGAUCGAGGGACAAUAUUAUUGGUUUUGGAGAGCGGUUAGCGUGUAAGGUCAUGACAGCCAUCCUGAGAGAUAGGGGAAUCGAUGCGGAAUAUGUCAGCCUAGAAAACAUAGUGCCGCACACAGAAGACGAGGGGUCUUACUCGCACGAGACACUCGGCCAGGACUUCUACGACCGCGUCGCAGAGGCCGUCAGCGAGCGCAUUCGACAAUGUGGCCCCCGCGUUCCCGUCGUCACAGGUUCGCUCCUGCGGCAAGUAGGUCGCGGGUACACAGACCUCCUCGCAGCGCUUCUUGCCGCUGGUCUCGGUGCAUCAGAAUUACAGAUCUGGAAAGAGGUCGACGGAAUCUUCACGGCAGACCCACGCAAGGUGCCGACGGCACGCCUGAUCCCGAUCAUAUCCCCGGAGGAGGCGGCCGAGCUGACGUAUUACGGGAGCGAGGUUGUGCACCCGUUCACGAUGGAGCAGGUCAUCCGGAGGAAGAUUCCCAUACGCAUCAAAAAUGUCGAGAACCCGCAGGGCGGAGGCACGGUUAUCCACCCGGAUGCAGACAUGGACGCGGCGCCAUACCCCGAGGACGACAUGCUUGGGGUGUUCGCAGUGCCCGGAGCGGCACCUACAUCCAGGGGAGAACAUGGCGAUCAAACGGAGCGCAAGCUGCCGACGGCGGUGACGAUUAAAGAGCGCAUCGUAGUGCUGAAUGUGAACUCGAACCGCAAGAGCGUCUCGCACGGCUUCCUUGCGGGCGUGUUCGGCACGCUCGAUCGCUAUGGUGUUGUUGUCGACCUUAUCAGCACGAGUGAGGUGUAUGUCAGCAUGGCGAUCGAGGAUGGGCUGGAUAAGAAGGUGCUCGACCGCGUCGUGCGGGAGCUCCGCAAAAGCGGAACGGUCACCGUCAGCCGUGACAUGGCUAUUCUGUCUCUCGUGGGCACCCGCAUGCGAAAUAUGGUCGGCAUCGCAGGGCGGAUGUUCACCACGCUCGGCCAAGGGAACGUCAAUAUCGAGAUGAUUAGCCAGGGCGCAAACGAGAUCAAUAUCUCGUGUGUUAUCGACGCGCGCGACGCUGUCAAGGCGCUCAAUAUGAUUCACCAAAGCUGCUUGCAGAUCAGGCCCGAGGGCGCAAGGGGCAGAGUUGGACCGUGGCUAUUCUGA